UUCCGCUCGUCCGCUUUCAGAGUUUGUUGAGAAAAGGUAGAGUAGAACCUCAGCCUAUCCUCUCCCUGAAGCAAGUUCUUGUUUUUUAGGGUUAAGGGUUCCCUCAUAUUCCCCACCAAUUCCCAAUUCCCAAUUGAUUCUCCCCAGAUUUCAUCGAUCCUUGAUCGCAUCCUCAUCGUCCUCAUCGUCUCAACCUUUACUCUCCGAUGCUCCCCUUUUCGUAAAUUAUAGUUGCGAGCUUUUCCAUGGUUUUCAGUUUCUCCUUUUAUAAAUCGAAUUUGCUCCCGAUCCUUUGUUCUUCUCACUGUUGCAGAAAUUCUAGGUUUUCUAGCAUGAUUCUGUAAUUUCUUUGGUACAUAAAAGAAAAAAAAGUUUAGGGUUUUAUUAUUUAUUUAUUUAUUUUAUAUGGGGACAAUUGUGUAAAUGGUUGUUUGUAUGUAAAUAUUGGGGGGAAAUUUAGGGUUAUCUGUUGAAUUUGUGUUGUAAUUGUGAUCGAUUGUGUCGGGUUUGAAUCUGAGGCUAUGUAUAUUGAGGAGUUGAAAGGAGGGGGAGUUGGAAGUGGGGAAGAAGGGAAUUUGUCCCCUGGAAAUAGAGAUUUUGACUGCAGGGGCAUCACACCGUUGGAUGCGAAGCGGGUUUUGAUCGGUGCAGGAGCUCGUGCCCUGUUUUACCCGACUCUGCUUUACAAUGUCAUUAGGAAUAAGCUGCAGGCUGAGUUUCGGUGGUGGGAUAAGGUUGAUGAGUUUGUAUUGUUAGGUGCAGUUCCAUUCCCUACUGACGUGCCUCGCUUAAGGGAGGUUGGAGUCGGUGGAGUCAUCACACUUAAUGAGCCAUACGAGACUUUGGUUCCAACAUCUCUUUACCAUUCUCACGGCAUUAACCAUCUGGUGAUUCCUACAAGAGAUUACUGCUUUGCACCAUCACUCAGCGACGCAUGUCGUGCUGUAGACUUUAUUUAUGAGAAUGCAUUAAGUGGACGGACAACUUAUGUUCACUGUAAAGCUGGACGGGGGCGUAGCACAACCAUUGUUAUCUGUUACCUGGUCCAUCACAAACAGAUGACACCUGAAUCUGCUUAUGAAUAUCUAAAGUCGAUUCGGCCAAGGGUGCUUUUAGCCUCUGCUCAGUGGCAGGCUGUCCAGGAGUACUACUAUUUAAUGGUGAAGAAAGCUUUUGUUUACAGCCGCAUGCCAGAUCUGAUGGUGAAACCGCUUCAGUCUGCUUCUUCACACAAUCUAGUUGCAUUUGAUGAAGGCUCUGUGGUAGUAGUAACAGAAUCAGAUCUCGAAGGAUAUGAUGCGAAUUUCCAGUCUGGCGCUGUGGGAAGUGAGAUUUGGGCAGACUUGAGUGUGGUUUAUCGGGUGCGAGUAGCUGGUCAGGCAGCUCUUGCAAGAAUCUCAUGUAUGUGGCUCCGCUGCGGUGCCCACCAGAAGAUCUCAGGAGAGAAUAUGGGCAGGGACAGCAGCUGCUCGAUGAGGGCUGAUCGUCUGGGCGGCAUUAGUGUGGAUAUACAAGUCUACUGAGGAAAGCCACAGAGAAUGCAUAUAAAGUUGUUUCCUAAGCGUUCUUUUCUUUUAGUUUCUUUCUCGUAUAGAAAAUGGGAAUAAAUGUUACAUUGGGCAGCACUAAACUGUGUUUUUCGCCGCCUCCCCCGUUGUAAAUUGAGUCGCUACUUCUAUCUUGAAUCGAAGCGAAAGAAAGUUGAGCAGUUUGGUUCAA